AUGCAAAAAUUUGUGCAGACAUCGAAGCGCCUUUACCCUUUUGAUGGAAGUCCUGAUGUCUGUCACCAGUCGCAGAAAACGUGGAUCAAUGAUAUUUGUCCGAGUGUGGACAGCAAUCUCGGAUUUGUGGAGCCAUACCGAGAUCCUUAUGCCGUUUGGGCCGAAUGGGAGGUCGCCAUAUGCGUCUCCGAUCUUGAUGACACAAGUAAGCUGGAUGCUCGGAUUGGGAACCCUGCCAAGUUCAUCCUGCUGCCUUUUUGGGCUCUGCCCGGCGACAAUGGUGGCAAGGGGCCAUUCAAGCCAGGUGUCUUCCAGGCCCCGACCUUCACGAGGUUCAAAGCGUCUCAUUUGUACGAGGCUUGCCUGGGAGGCAAUGAACCUGCUGAACGGGAGUAUGGCAAACUGGGCACCUCGGCUGAGGAAUGUCGCACCAUGCUCGUCUCGUACUUCUUGGCUGACAACAAGGACAUUCUGAAGAUCUUCGGCUACGGUGACCGGAGCACUAGCACUGGCGAUGAGCAUGAGUGA